AUGGUACUUCUUUCAGAGGCCUUAGUGGAGGUAGAAUCCGCCCCUGGGAAAGCGGUGAGCCCCUUCUCUCCUGCCCUCCCGUGUACUGACAGGGGGUCGUUGCAGCUCAACGACGACCAGGAGAAGAAGCAUGAGCUCUUCGCCCGCCUGGAUGUGCCUGUGGCAUCUUACAUCCUUGGAAAAGCUUCUCCCGUUCAUAGAGUGCUGGAUUUACGAGAGGCUUUAGACCUGCUGCAGCUCCCGCUUGAAGCGCCUCGGCAACGGCUUCCCUUGAGGGCCUCUAGGCAGGUGGCGCUUUGGAACGGUUCAGAAGACGAGUUUCUCUUCGCUUCGGCAUCCGCAGAUGAAAAGUCUCCAGAUGAGCAGGAGGGGGGGCUGACAGGCACAGAGGCCGCCUCUAUGCAGUCGCUGGAGGAGGGGGGAGCGCGCGUGUCUUUGCAGGAGCUCUUCGAAGAAGUGGCCGCCCUGCGUGCUAAGAGGCACAAAGCCAGGCAACAGCAACAACAACAGGGUGACUCUGGAAAAGCUGUUCAACUCUAUUUUGAUCCACGCCCACCUCCCAGCGCUCACUUGCUGGCGCGGGUGUCAGAGUCGCACAAGCCAGUGCCAGCUGUUGGGGCAGGAGAGGACUAUCUGUCGGAUAGCGGGGAGGCUGCCACUGCUGUGGAGGGAUCUGCGAGCGUGGAACGACUCAUGCAGCAGUACUAUGUGUCUCUGAUGCGAGAAGUCGAUCAGGCUGCCAAGGCUUUCGCGCAUGCGCACACAGCGGGGCCCUUGUCUGCAGCAGACGAUCCCGCGGAUGGCAGCCCACAGGAGCUCAGUGCGUGGCAUUCUCCGCCUCCGCCUCCCCCUCCUUCCCUCCUAUCUUCGACUCCCUAUUACUUCGAUCCCUUCUCCCCAGACCAGCCGUUGCUUGAGGGGCCUCGUCGCAAUCAGCAGCUUGGGGGAGGAGCGGCUGGAGCUGGGGUUGGAGGCGGAGAAGAUGCUCUGCUGCCGUCUUCAGGCAGUGCAGCAGCUGGCGUCUCAGGCGUUGCCACCAGUGUCGGCAGCAACGCGGCGAGUGCUGCUGCCGCUGCCUUGCGGACGACGACACACCCCAUGUUGAGCGCUGCAGCAGAAAAAGUGAGGGGCGUUGCCUUCUGCAAGAGCAACCGAUAUUGGAUCUGCACACGCGUAGAACACGGCAAGCAGCAGUGCAGAUAUUUUAGCGUGAAACACUUGGGAUUUGAAUGCGCGCGGCGGGAGGCAAUCCUGCUGCGUCAGCAGUGGAAGGGGGACGUCAACGAGGAGGUUCUUAAAGCCCUCGAAGAAGAGAAAGCGGCAAUGGACCUGUCGCAUGCACUGCCUGGCACAGAGGGUGCCCAGCCCUCAAGGAAGGAAAAAUUGGGUAAGAACGGCCUUGCCUGUCUUGCACGCUCGGCAGCGUUAGGAGCGACAUCCGCAGGUUCAGCUGCGGAAACACGCACACCCAUCCGUGCUGCUGCUUUUGUGCAACGUGCAUUGGCUGGCUGGCUACCUGCGUGUUGUUAUAAGCAACUCCAGAGGGAGCACUCUGCAUGCCGCUUUUCUGUCUCUGGCAGUCCUGUAUUAGCUGCUACCGAUCCCUCCCGAGCUCGUGUCCAUCCUAUGCAUGCGGCACUGCGUAGAGGCCGCACACGCACGUUGCAUGCAUGCGGCACUGCUAUUGGUGGGCACGACUCUUGCGUUGCGCCUUGCGAAACAGGUACUAUGAAGCGGCGGCGAGACGGCAUGUCGAGGCCUUUGCUUGUAGACAGAUCAGGAGCGAUGCCUCGGCCGCCUCCAGAUUUCGAUUUUGCAUCGGACAGCGAUUUCCUGACGGAGAACGAGGAAGAUCGCGAGGAAGAGGCUCUGGCGAUGAACGCCGCGCUGCUGGCGGAGACAAUCAGUCGCUACUUCCGGUGCAGCCGUUUUGGAUUUCGGCGUGGCUUCAAGCUGAGUGUGUUUACUCUACUUUUGAAUGCGCCGAGGGCUGCAGGCAUGAGGGCCUUUUUGGCUAUCAAGGAAAUCAAACGGCGGCGGCGCGCAGUGCAGCGGGGGGAGCUCUUCUCCCCAAUUGACACCUCGCCGCAGGUAGAGAGGCCCCCCUCUCUCGAAGCCUCCGAUUCUCUUGACCGACGAGCAUCCCUGUCUUCGCUGGCAGAGUUGCGAUACUAA